GUCUGACUUGACAGAGGAAACGAAAAGCAAAGAAAAGUGGUAAAUGCGGAAGUUUGCGACAAGUUUGUUCAACGGCGAAAAACGGAGCGACGAGUGAGUGAAGCGGAGAAGAAAGAGGAGAAGAAAGACCAUCAUGGCGUCUGAAGUUUACUCCCCCACGACGGCUCCCAACCCCACGACUUCCUGGUGUUUGAUUCCGUCAGAACAUCUGGAUCAAGCACGCUUCGUGGUCAAGCUAACACAAGUGCUCUUCUCGUCCGUGGCCUUCCUCCUGGAGGAGGUGGUCAGCAGCUGCUCCAGCUGCUUCGCCCUGUAUUUGUUUGAGUUUGUCACGUGCACAGCCUUCCUCUUCACGCUGCUGCUCCUCAUCCUCCUCUCCACCUCGCUGCACACCACCUUCGGCAUCACCUGUUGGCCAAGUCUGGAUUUCUGUUACACCACUGCCGUGGCCGUUCUCUUCUUCGUUUCCUCCAUCAUUUUCGCUUCAGACAACAACGGAUCAACUCUGGAGAAAAGUGCUGUGGCGUUUGGUUUCCUGGCGACGUUGGCGUUCGUCGUGGAUGUCGUCAUCUUCUAUAAGAGGCGUGGUUUCCCUUUCCUUAGUGGCGGGAAGGCGGAGUCGAGUAACGGCGGCCCCGUGACGGCGGAGGCUCCGGCAGAGAAGGAGAGACUCAACGCUGACGGCGAGUAAAGUUGCUCUUUGUGUUUGUGCCGCGUCCAAAGGUCAGAGGUCAUUUUACACACUAUUCUUUUAAUGUGACAACAGGAGGCGGAGCUUCAGCAGCAAGAGUUUUUUUUUUUUUGAUCGAUGACCUCGUGAUUCAGAUUUGACUCAAUCAUUAAACCACUGAAUGGACAGAUUAUUCCUUUAUUAUUGGAUCAAUAACCAAGAUUUAAAAUAAAUAAAUAAGCUCCUCCCUCUCACACCACUGAAAAAAGAAACAUUCAUUUUGUGUCUGAAUACCAGGAUCCACAUUUACACCCAGAUAAUCCAGAUUAUUGACGUUGUCCAGAUUAUCCAGAUUAUCUAGAUAAUCCAGAUUAUUCAAAUCGUCCAGACUAUUCAGAUUAUCUAGAUAAUCCAGAUUAUUCACGUUGUCCAGACUAUCCAGAUUAUCUAGAUCAUCCAGAUUAUUCACGUUAUCCAUAUUAUCUAGAUAAUCCAGAUUAUUCAAAUCAUCCAGAUUAUUCUUAUUAGUUUAAAGUGUGUUACUACUGUGGAUGAGCGGUUACUGUGAGCGUCACCCAGUGGUGAGGGAUUGUGAGCGACUAAAGUGGACUAAAGAUCUUAUCGCGUUAAUCCCUCGUGAUAUUUGAAGAACAGUAUUUGUGAGGAUAUUUCACAGAGUUUUGAAGGUGUGAUGACUCGGUUUGUCCAGCAGAGGGAGCUGAAAAACACUCAGCAACGUCGUGACACGGGGGCGACGUUGAUCUCAGGAGGUUUAAUGAUAGAAAUGACGUUACAGUCAGAGACCACUGUGCUGUGAGCGGCGCCCCCUGCUGCUGCAGUACCUACGUCACAUGAUCACGUCUUUAUUGUGUGGGAGAGAGAGUGGUUUACAAACUUGAGUUUCCUGUUUGAGAUAAAUCUGUGAUCAUGUGACGUAGAUAUUCUCCUUGAGUCUCUGCUGAGUGUGAGCCUGGUUCUCAGCAGCAGGGGGCGCUCACAGCUCAGAUUGUGUCAGUUCCUCAUAUCAGAAUUAUGAUUUUUUUAAAAAACCUGUUGAUCAGUUUCAACUCUAACGUAACUUUGUUUCAUAUUUGUUUCUAACUUUAAGUUUUUAUUAUUGUUUUUUUCUGGUCCUCUUUUGUUCAAACUCUACAUUCUGUUUGUAACAAACGUCGUUUAUGAAGGAAAUGAAUGAGUGAAUGUUGUGUUUUUAUUGACUGUCGUUGAUUUAAAUUAAGAAAUAAAUGUAAAAGAUUAAAGUAAUCCAGAUGAUUUUAACAAAUGUUUAAAGAUGAAAAGUGACUUCUUUUUUUUAACCCCAAAUCAAGUCGCACUCGCAGCUGGAGAGGGCUCCAGAGUCACCAAAACAACUUCCUGUCACUCUGGCCUUCAAAAUAAAAGCCGCUGACUUCCAACUUUUCUACUACUUCUUCCCAUUCCCUUUUUAUUAUUAUUUUUUGAUAAACUUUAUUGACAAUUCAGUGGUAACGUUUGGUGUUUGUGUCGACGUUCUCCUCCACGCUCAACGUCAACGUUUAUCGCAAUUAGGUUUUUUUUCUUUUUGUUUUUGUUUUUUUUUUUCUAAAAACUGGACUGCAAUUUAACAACAAACACAAAUGUUUUAGUUGACUUUUUUCUUUCUUAGUUUCUUAAGUUUCCAUGUUUUAUUUGCGUUAAAAUCGUAAAAGUCGUAAACCAAUGAAACCAUGAGAUUAAGCAGCCAAUUAUGUCACCACUGAAACACAGCUCUAUAAUCUCAUGUCAUGCAGGGGUCAAAGGUCACACGUGUAACAGUCUUUGAUUCUGUAAAGUCUUAUCUUAAACUUUAUAUUGAAAAAAAAACAUGUUUAUUAAUCUGUGUCAGACAAUCUAAGAUAAAAAAAAAAUCAGACUUUGUAUAAAUGUGAUGCAUGUUCAGGACCAAGUACACACACACACAUUUAGUAUGAAUGUGUUUUUUAAAGCUGCUGCAGUUUCAUUUCUAUCAUCACUUUAUAUUCUGUCAUGUCAUGAAUAAAGAUUUUCCAGGACAAAACAAA